AUGAGGAGGAGGAGGAGGAGGAGGAGAGACACUGUUUACAAGGGAAAGAAUAAUGAUGGUGGAAGUGGAAGCGAUGUCGUGCUUAUGACUGAAGAAGAUAUCCCCCGAAACUUGAGAUGUAAUUAUGUCAAGGGUAGGAAGCAUUUUCCAUCUAGAAGAAAGAGGGGUAGAAGUGAUGGAAAUGCGACAGAUGAAAGGAUGACCAUGGAGAGUGAACCUUUAGGGAAUCGAGCUCAGGAGGGAAAAGGUCUUCUAAUUAAGAAUCUUGAUGCUCUCGACUCACAAUCCUCUACCCCUGAAGAGGAUACUGAUGAUUCUGAUCAUACAAACCAUUGGGGUUAUUGUAGUGAGGAUAACCUUGAAGGAGGGAUAGGAAAAGAUGAUGGCUUCAUUCAACUACCAAGUCCAAAGUCCAGAAAACAGGAACCAAGACUCGGAACAUCAAGAAAGCGCUGCCUUCAUGUUUCUGAGAGUGAAAGUUAUGAUUCAUCAGAUCAGGUGCCAAAGAAGAAAAAGGAAGGCAGUAGAAUACCUAAACCCUCUAAGAGAAGAGAAAGAGACGUGGAUUACAUGAAUAUUCUUCUGGGGUCCAUGCUGAAGGAUGAUAAGCAGACAAAGGAAAAUCCAUUUUCUUUUGAAGACAAUGGUCCUACUAAUACACUGCUAUUAAAAUUCAGAUUUGAUGACGAAGAUCUAACCCCACCGGAGAAAGAAGACUGGCAAAAAGAAAUUGAUAAUCUUUUUACUGAGAUGGAAAUAUGCCUUACAUUACCAGAUUCUGACUUUACCGAAUCAUCCAAUUCCAAGGAUGGCACUCAUCAUGUCACUGCAACGGCCAAGUGCCAAGCAGAAUUAUGUCUCUCAGGGAAACAUCAACUGAUUCUUGAAGAACCAAUUGGAAUCGUAUGCAGAUGUUGUCAAAUUGUGCAUAAGGAGAUGAAGGACAUAUUUCCUACACUGAAAAAGGAGACUCCACGAAGACGGGAUUGGGUUGACCUUCGCAGAGGUGAAUGCUUUGGUAUUCAUGAGCUUCAUCUUGAUGACCCAGGCUCUGGAAACUAUUACACCUCCGUUGAUGCUGAAGGCUCUGUACUGGAUCUUAUUCCAGAUCACAUUAGGAUGUCAAUGUAUAGUCAUCAGCUGGAUGGAUUUGUCUUCUUGUGGAAAAACAUAGUAGGAGAAACCUGCAUCGAGAAGCUGAAAACUGAACUUUCUGAUGAUGGAAGAGGAGCCAUAAUAUCACAUGCCCCUGGCACCGGGAAGACCUGCUUGACAAUUGUUUUUAUUCUGUCUCUGUUGAAAAUGUAUCCAAUGUGCCGACCCGUGAUUAUAGCUCCUACAAGCAUGCUGCUCACCUGGGAUAAUGAGUUCCGAAAAUGGGGAUAUAGAAUUCCUUUUCAUAACUUUAAUAGCAAGGAUUUGUCAGGAAACGAACUCAAAACUGAUGCAGAAUUUCUUCGGAGAGUAGGAAGCCGAAUGACAAAGCUGUACUCGUGGACAAAGGAGAAAAGUGUUCUAGGAAUCAGCUACAAGUUAUUUGAGCAGAUUGCUAGUGGACAGAAGGGAAAAGGAAGCGAUGAAAAACUUAAGGAAAUCUUUCUUCAACUUCCUGGUCUUGUGGUUCUUGACGAAGGGCACACGCCUCGCAAUCAACAGAGUCUUGUCUGGAAGGUUUUGACAGGAGUUAAGACAAAAAGAAAGAUAAUCCUCUCUGGAACUCCUUUUCAGAAUAACUUCGAGGAGUUGUAUAAUACUCUUUGCCUGGUAAACCCAAAGCUUUCUGGUUCAAUGAACUCUGAGAGUCGCAGCAGAAGAUGGCAGCGGAAGAGCAAUGUGGAGAAAGAGAGAUGGGUUUCCUUGACCAAUGCCAUUGAUAAGAACUCUGGCAACGCAGUAGAGGAGCUUAAAGCCAUGAUAGAUCCCUUUGUACAUGUACACAAAGGUUCUAUACUAGAAGAGAGUCUCCCUGGUCUGAAGGACACACUUGUUAUUUUGCGACCAACUGAUGAGCAGAAGGGCAUUAUUCAGCUUAUAUCGGAUGAUUGGAGCAGGUUUGACCAAGUACAUUUGGUGUCACUCAUUUCUGUCCACCCCUCAUUAGCUGCUUUCAGCAAACGCUUCUCUGGCGACAAAGACAGACUACGGGUACUUGAAUGCGGUCCUUAUGCUGGAGUAAAGACGAAAUUUGCCAUUGAGCUCAUCCGAUUAUGUGAUGCAUCGCAUGAGAAGGUUAUAGUUUUCAGUGAAUUUAUUCACCCUUUGAGAUUCAUAAUGCAGCAGUUGAUCGAUCAGUUAAAGUGGAGGGAAGGCAUAGAAGUGCUGUAUAUGGAUGGAAAACGUGACGAGAAGAAUCGCCAGUCAUCAAUUAGUUCUCUGAAUGAUCCCUCCGGUAAGGUGAAAGUUCUUUUUGCGUCCACAAAAGCUUGUUCUGAAGGAAUAAAUCUUAGUGGGGCUUCAAGAGUUGUUCUGUUAGACGUCGUUUGGAAUCCUGCAGUUGAAAGGCAAGCAAUAAGCAGAGCAUAUAGGCUUGGCCAAAAGAAGUUUGUCUAUGUUUAUCAUUUGAUAACCUCUGGGACCUUGGAGGUUGAAAAGUAUGCUCAACAGGCUAACAAAGAUCGCUUGUCUGAGUUGGUAUUUUCUUCUCGAGACAGGCAAAGGAUCAAGUCCAGAAUCUCAUCUGUUUUCGAGGACAAAAUCUUGGAAGGAAUGCUUGACAACAAAAUGCUGUAUGAUAUCUUUGAGAAUGUUAUUCACCAGCCAAAGGAAUCAAAUGUAUUUGCAAACUUCAAUUAUGUUGAGCACAGAAUGGUUUUUGGGAAUAACUACUCUGUGCUACAGGCAUCUAAUGAAAACUCAAAAAGACAGCUUGGUUUUGCUCACAGCUGUUUUUAUUUACAGGAGAAUGAAAUUCCUCAUCUUCAACCCGAAGCUAAAAGAGACAUGCCUGUUCAGGUGGCUUCUGUUGCUCCAGCUAUCAGUGGUACACGAGCAUUUCUCUUGCUGUUCGUGGGGUCUCAGUGGCAACUUCCUCAUUUCAGCAACUAG